GAGGGAAUUGAAACUGAUUGAUAGCCGCCCGUUUCUCUCUUCUCUUUGUUUCUUUUUUCCCGCUCGGGUGGUUUCAUGGAUUCAAUUGCAGCAGCCGUAGCCACAGUCUCUCUUGAACAAGAGGAUUGGGAGCUUUGCAACGACGAUGGAUUCGUCUACAAGCGGAAGAGGCGCCGAUUGGACCCUGCGGAAGCUGUGGCAGCUCGCUCGUCGGUGGCUCAGGCGGCGGACCUUGAGGCGGAGGAGAAUCGGCGGCGAGAGCGCAGGAGGAAGACGUUGUUGAAAGUUAGGGCGAAGUACCGGAAAGAGAUUGAACAGUGGGAGGUUUUGUCGAGCAACCUGCGGGCGAUGGAGGAGAGGGCUCGGAAGCUACAGGAACAGUACCGACAGGAAGGGGAAGUAGGUAUGGCGUCGCGUCUGGAGGCUUCCUUGUUGACUGAAGUUCAGCACAAGGAGCUUUCGUGCGCGUCAAUGGUGGAAGAUCUUCUCUCUCAGGUAGAAGCUCCGGAAGCCAUCAUUCGUAAUGUUUCAAAGCUUUGUGAUAUAGCCGAAUCAUUGUGCAUGACGGAAGAAAACCAAUUGAAACAGCGUCUAAUUGAUCUUCCCAUCUGGGCUUCACCACGUGAGCUCAUGGCCUCACUGUGCGACGAGUAACGAUUCGAGCAUCGAAGAGAAACAGGAGCCAAGGACCUUCCAUUUGUAAGAUCUUACUAUGAAUCCUAUGAAAUCACCGAAGUGUAGCCUAGUUGUGAAAGUAGAUAGCAAACCCUUAUGCUUGUAGACUUAGUUCAUUGUCGAUAUUGAAAGGAAUUUAGUGAUCUUAAUUUCAUAGAAAUGUCGAUGUUCAUGUCAUGAAUAUUUUAUUUUGUGGGGUCUUCCUUGUGCUUCCUCUCUA